AACAAAAGGCAACCAAGCCCACAAGCUAGCUUGGCACCAAAAACUAGCAGACUCGCCUCUUUCCAUCCUUAAGUAUGCAAAAGUUACAAAAAAGGGAAGGCAUAUGCCCCACCAAAUACACUGCUGAAGGUGGUACUAAGUACUUGUCACACGUGAAUUAUGUUGAAUCACGAGCGAUUGUGUAAGCUAUAAUUUGCUGAUCUUUUUAUUUUGGUCUAUUUUUUUAUCUGACCAUACAUAGCAUUUGGUAGCUGGUACAUGGGUGAAAUGUGAAAGAGAUUAGAAGCAACCAUCCAAUGGUUUCCAAGACCUUGCUUAUCCAAAUUAUUAUCUUCUCCUCAAUUCUUUUGCCGCUUUCAAGUUCCAGAGACUACAAUUAUCCAGCUGUUUUCAACUUUGGUGAUUCAAACUCGGACACCGGUGGACUUGUUGCUGGUAUAGGUUUCCACUUGGACCCGCCUAAUGGGCAUCUAUACUUCAAAACCCCUUCUGGGAGGCUUUCUGAUGGCCGUCUGAUUGUAGAUUUUCUCAUGGAGGCAAUGGAUCUUCCAUUUCUAAAUCCCUAUUUGGAUUCAAUCGGAAUGCCAAGUUUCCGAAAAGGUUGCAAUUUUGCUGCUGGAGGGUCUACCAUACUCCCGGCAGCUGUAGCAGCAAGCUGCCCUUUUACAUUUGGAGUCCAGGUGGACCAGUUCAUCCGAUUUAAGACCCGGGUUCUUGAAUUGCUAGCUAAAGAUACAAAUAUUGAUAAGCAUUUGCCAACGGAAAGCAGUUUUCAGAAGGGGCUCUACAUAAUUGACAUAGGCCAGAAUGAUCUGACUCUUGCAUUUUACACCAAAACAUUGGAUGAGAUACUUGCCUGGAUUCCUACCAUUUUAUUAGAAGUAGAAACAGGAAUAAAGACACUAUAUGACCAAGGUGCCAGGAAUUUUUGGAUACACAAUACCGGUCCUCAAGGAUGUUAUCCUGGCAUACUUUCCACAUUUGGAACUGACCCAUCAAAGCUUGAUGAACUAGCAUGUGUCAGCUCCAACAAUGAAGCUGCUAAAGUUUUCAAUCUGAGGCUUCAUGCUCUCUGUAAGAAGUCGCAGGAUCAAUAUGCAGAUGCAAAUAUCAUAUAUGUUGAUAUUUUUACCAUAAAAUCCAAUUUAAUUGCAAAUUACUCCCAAUAUGGAUUUAAAAACCCUAAGCUGGCUUGCUGUGGAUAUGGAGGUCCACCAUUCAACUUUGAUAGACAAAUUAUGUGUGGUCAGACACAGAUUAUAAAUGGAACAUCUGUCACAGCCAAAGCGUGCAGUUCUAGUACCGAGUAUAUCAGUUGGGAUGGUGUUCAUUUCACAGAGGCAGCAAAUCAGUAUGUUGCUUCGCAAAUACUCACUGGCAAAUAUUCGGAUCCACCUUUCUCUGACAAAAUGCCUUCCCAUCUGAAGUUUUAAGUUUUAAAAGGCACAACAUUUAUUCAUUCAUGUUUUCCCAAUAUCUUUAAGAUUCAGCUACGAACUGGAAGCCUUACAAAAACCAGAAAUGAUACCAUUGUGUGUGUCAGCAUUUGGCAUCUUCUAUUCUGUUUUUCUCAAGGACUAUUUGUAGAAUUUGUUUUGUGAGGGAAUAUGAUAAAAAUGGAAGUCACUGAAUAAAAAAAUAAAAUAACUUAAAAAAAAAAAGAUCUUUCUACCUUUAAUAAACAAUUCAAUGGUCGUUAAUUAGGUUUUGGUAGCUUAGGGUAGCCAAUAAAGCUUGGCUGGUGAAUUUUUCAAGCUUUCUUUUAGUCUUGAAGAAAAACUUGGGUUUUGAGUACACCCUUCCAAGCAUUAGUAGCCCUUAAUUUUAAGUAUCAUCUUUCUUCAAUUUCUUUGUCUAUUGGUGUUUAUUAUUUUUGGAUACACUAGAGGCAAGUCCUAAAGGAUAUGCUUCCCUCAAAAUGUUGCCCUCUUUGGAACAGAACAAUCAAAACUUGAUGAACUAAAGUCUUCAAUCUUCA